AUGAACGAAUUAGAGAAUCAUCGCAGCGUUGACACAGGCGUUUGGGUCGCCAUUGCAGAGAAUGUUUAUGACAUCUCUAGCUUCCUGUCGCAGCAUCCGGGCGGCGAUGCAAUUCUGCUUGAUGCAGCGGGAACAGAUGCCACUGAGGACUUUUUUGAUCUACAUAGUGACGAAGCCGAGAAACUACUGCCUGCAUACUAUAUCGAUAGACUUUCACCCUCCACAGAGCCGCCCAACAUGAUCCCUCUUGAGCCUCAAGAAGCCGAUGCUCCGUUUCUCCGGAGGGAUACUUGGAAGAAGGUGGUCUUGCAUGAAAAGCAACGGCUCUCACAUGACACGCGCCUUUUCACUCUCAAGUGGCAACACAACAACCAUGAAUUCGGGUUGCCCGUCGGAAAGCAUAUCUUCCUCCGCCUUAAGAAUCUAGUUUCAGGCGAGCAGAUCGUUCGACCCUAUACUCCCAUUGCCGCGCGUUGCGAAUCCGGCGAGGUCGAUCUAGUGGUCAAGAUCUACCAUGAUAAAGACGCAAAGAAGUGCGGCAAGAUGACAACGACAAUCGAUCUUGCCUCAAUGGGCUCGUUGGUUGAGCUCAAAGGACCUAUUGGUAACUUUGAAUACACCGGGCAGGGCAACUGCACCAUCUCGGGCAGGGAGUGCUAUACAAAACGAUUCAUCAUGAUCUCUGCUGGAUCGGGCAUAACUCCCAUGAUCCAGAUUCUCAGGGCCAUAGCUUCUGAUGAUAGCGACUCCGCUGAGUGUCUUCUUCUGAGCGGUAACUGUUGUGAGGAGGAUAUCCUGUGCAAGGACCAACUGGACAGCUUAGAAAGGGAGAACAAACAAUUCCGGGUCCUAUACACUCCCAGUAAGCCCUGCGACGGAUGGGCUGGCUGCAGAGGCCGACUGGGCCAGGAACUCCUAGAAGCCGAGGUCGGUUCCCCAAUGCCAGGGAGUGCAGAGAUGGUCCUUCUUUGUGAAACCACCAGCAAUGGAAGCGACCGUCACCGAACUGUUGUCGAAGAAUGGAUGGAAGGAUAA